UUGCGAUAGAAAAUUUGCCGCAAAAAGCCCUCGACUCUGGCCUAUGAACUUAGCCAACGCCAGCUUACGCCUGAGCAAAAGCUUGAGAAUUUGGCCCAAAAAUCUCGACUUAGACUCUGAAAACCUCAUUUCUUUAUUGAAAUCAGCCCAACAAAUUACUGAAAUCUCUCAAAUUCAUGGCUAUAUGCUCAAGACUGGACUUGACCGAAACCCCUUCACUUUGAGUAAGCUUCUUGCAUCUUCCGUACAAAACAUAGAAUAUGCAGCCUCCAUCUUUAAGCACAUUCAGAACCCAAAUCUUUUCAUGUUUAACACCAUGCUCCGAGGAUAUUCAAGCAGUGAUGACCCAAAGCAGGCUUUUACUGUUUUCAAUAACUUGAGGGCUCAAAGUCUUGUGCUUGACCAGUUCUCUUACAUUGCAACUCUCAAAGCUUGUGCUCGUGAAUUGGCUAUUAUGAUCGGCCUGAUGAUUCAUGGGCUUGUCUUGAAAUCUGGGUAUAUGUUGUUUAUAAAUGUUAAGAAUACCCUUUUGCAUUUUUAUUGCGUUUCUGGGAAAAUUGGUGAUGCCCACAAGUUGCUUGAUGAAUUUCCUAAAAAAAAUGAUUUGGUCACGUGGAACACUUUGAUGGGUGGCUAUUUUAAUGUCUCUCAACCUACAGCAGUGGUGGAUUUAUUUAGGCAAAUUUGUAGGAGAGAGUUGAGGGUUAGUUCCAGUACUAUGUUAAAUAUUUUGUGUGCUGUUGGUGACUUAGGAUAUUUAUGUGGAGGAGAGUCUCUUCACGCGCUUUGCAUCAAGUUUAGCUUUAAUUUAGAUUUGAAUGUGGUUACUGCUUUGAUUGAUUUUUAUGCAAAACUUGGAGAUAUUGAUUCAGGUCGUAGGAUUUUUGAUGAGGUUAGGGAAAAGGAUGUUAUUUUGUGGAACUGUAUGAUCGAUAAGUAUGCAAAAGUUGGGUUGCUAGAGGGAUCCAUAGCUCUAUUACGGCUAAUGAAACUUGCACAAGUGAAGGCUAAUUCAUCUUCAUUGGUUGGAUUGUUAUCAGCCUGUGCUGUCUCUGGAUCUUUGAGUUUGGGCCAAUGCAUUUAUGAGUAUGUAGAAGAGGAGGUGUUGGUGUUGGAUGUGAAUCUCGGGACAGCUUUGAUUGAUAUGUAUGCCAAAUGCGGGGUAUUAGAUAAGGCUAUUAAUAUUUUUCGGAGUAUGAAGAACAAAGAUGUGAAAUGUUGGACAACGAUGAUUUUUGGUUAUGGGGUUCAUGGCCAGGCAAGGGAUGCUGUUAAUCUCUUCUAUAAGAUGGCAGAUGAAGGAUUCAGACCUAAUAAUGUUACUUUCUUGGCUGUUCUAAGCUCUUGUAGCCAUGGAGGUCUAGUUAUAGAAGGAAUGAAUUGUUUUGAGAAAAUGGUUGUGGAAUAUGGUAUUGCACCAAAAAUUGAACAUUAUGGAUGUUUAGUUGAUCUUCUAGGUCGUGCAGGAUUACUAGAGGAAGCGUAUAAUCUAAUUAAAAGCUUGCCGAUUAAGGUUGAUGCCACUGCAUGGCGUGCAUUGCUGUCAGCUUGUCGGGUCUAUGGAAACGUUAAAUUGGGAGAAUGUGUCUUGCUGGAGAUUAAUGAUGAACACCCCACUAAUUCAAUCCUGGUCUCUAGUACUUAUGCCAUUGCUGGAAUGUUGCCUGAUCAAACAAUGAUACUGGAAAAAAAAGAAGAGUGGACUAAUAAACAAGUUGGUGGUAUUAUGUCGAUCAGAAACAAGGGUGCUAAGAUGAUGAAGGAAGCUGGAUGUAGCACAAUUGAAAUGGAAAGAUAGAAACUAAGCAUAUUGUUGACAGGUCAUGGUCUCAACCUAGAACUUCAGUUGCUAUGUUGCGGUAUUCAUUUCAAUGGAGAAUAAAUUUUGCCUGA